AUGGCGACGACGCCCUCGACGCGCGCGCUGUGCGAGGCGACGUGCGUCGUCGACCGCGCGAUCGCGUCGUGGCGCGCGCGCGACGGCGCGAUCGACGACGCGCAGCGACGCGCGUCGCGCGCGUGCGAGACGCUCGUGGCGCCGUUCGUCGAAGCGCGAGCGACGGGCGAGGACGCGUCGCGCGACGCGAGCGAGGCGCAGCGCGCGGUGAAAGCGCUCGAGAAGCACCACGCGCGGUUGCGAGCGCUGGCGGACGCGCGGGUGAAGCUGGCGCAGGCGACGUACGACGCCGUCGACGACCACAUCACGAGGCUGGACAAAGAUCUCGCGACGUUCGAGCGCGAGCGCGGUUCGGCGCAUCGCGCGGGCGAGCGCACGAAGUUUGAUCUCGCGCUGGCGGGCGAACACGGAUUCGAGGCGCUGACGAACGCGCCGAGCGCGUCGCCGGGAUCCGCGCUCGCGUCGCCGGGGAAUCCAAACGAGCCGAGAUAUUGCGUGUGCCGGAGCGUGUCGGACGGAAAGAUGAUCGGGUGCGAUAACGACGAUUGCGCGAUAGAGUGGUUUCACUUCGCGUGCGUGGGGUUGAAUCCGAACGCGGAGGUGAAGGGAAAAUGGAUCUGUCCGCCGUGUCGCCGGAAGAAGCGCUGA